AUCAGUGUACUUUUCGGAUUCUUAACGAUCGGGUGCAUUCAAAACAAAUAACUAUUUUAUUAACAUUUAUUUAACAUUAAUAUUAACAUUUUAGAGUUAACUGAUGUAACAUUGUAAACCAAUAAACAUUUUUACUGAGACUCUCCGGUCUUUCAACAACCACCGCAAGCUACCAUCCUCAACAUUUGGUCCUUCGAGAAAAGUACUUCGCGCGCGUCAGUACUUGGACCAUCGGGCUACGUAUACGCGAGUGAAGUGCAAAGAACUAGCAGAACAUUUGAGUGGUGCAGUUUGCAGUGGAAGCGGCAACAGCAGAGGAAGCCGAAGUGCAGCAGUAGCAUUCGGCCAGGUGACACUAACGACAGGAGAUAUUCAAGUAAGAUCUUUCCAUAUUUAAUCUUUGGGAGCUAUUACUGAGGAAACAUGACGGACGUGAACAAUCAGUUCGUUUUAGCAGAGGAAAUAAAGUCUGUUUUAACCAAUUUUAAGAAGGAUGGAGCGGAAAGGAAAAGCAACGCGGAGUAUGUUAGGCGGAAAUUAAAAAAGUUGGAAGAAUUAUGGAAAGAAUUUCAAUUUAACCACGACCGGGUGUACACGGAGACACCAAGGACGGAUCCUUAUUUUACGGAACAACUUUACGAAACAACGGAAGAGGUAUAUAAGGAGUGUAAGAACUUGAUGAAUGAAGAGUUGUGGAAGAACAAGACCCCUACUACGGUAAGGGGAGAGCAAACGAAGGAGGUAACGGGACCAGCGGGUACUAGUAAACAGUUGCUAGACUCGCGGGACAAAGAUUUGUCUAAGAGACCCGUCGAACAGGAGUACAAGAGUCAUGGGGUAUACAGUCGGAUAGAUGAAACGCUACGAAAGCAGGAGGCGAACUUUCGGGCAUUUCAAAGAACAGUGGCUAACAUUGACAUAGAAACGUUGACAGCGAAAUGGGAGUAUGAAGAUGCUCUUAAAACAUUAAACGCCAGGUGGGAAGCAAUCGACACACUUCACUUAGAAAUCGAUAGUGAGCUAAACGGUGAAAACAUAACAUACGACGAGAGUUUUGCUUCCUACGAAAAACAAUAUAACAACUUAAAGAAAACAAUUAACACUAAGAUGUGGUCAGUAUCGCACAGGGAGAAGACGACACCUAAGCUGGAAAUACCAAUCUUCAGCGGAAAUUAUAAUCAGUGGGUAUCGUUUAAAGAUUUAUUUGUAGAGGCUAUACAUGCGAAUCCCGCAUUGUCCAAUGCGCAAAAAAUGCAAUUUUUAAAGGCUAAGCUCAGAGGCGAGGCUGAAAGACUCAUACAACAUUUACCAAUAACAUCUGACAACUAUAUGACGUGCUGGGAGAUACUCAAUCAUCGCUACGACAACAAGAGAAUGAUUUUUACAUCGCAUAUGAACAUUUUAUUCGGUUUACCAAACAUUCAACAAAAUUCUAUGGCGCAAAUUAAGAGGCUGCAUGAUGUAUCUAUGGAAACUUUUAAUGCCAUCAAGAAUCUGGGAAUCGAUACAACAACCUGGGAUCCAAUUUUGGUUCAUAUUUUGGGCCAAAAACUAGACUCAGAAACAUAUACGGAUUAUUUAGAAUCCCUUAAAAAUACAAGAGAUAUGCCAAAGUUACAAGAGCUUUUGGACUUCCUAGAGAGCAAAUUUACAACACUAGAAACGUCAGCUCGGAGAAGGCAAGACGGACACCAAAAACCUAACACACAACAUUCAACAAACAUUCAACAACAUUCGUCAUCUUAUCGAAAACCAGUACAUACAUCCAACAACAAUUACAAAAGCAAUGGGAAUUACGCAGCGAUUGCGAAACCAAUCGGAUCGGGUUUCAAGUGCCCAUUGUGCAAAAGUGACCACGGAAUCUAUAAUUGCAAGUUUUUUCUACAAAUGCCAAACGAUAAAAAAUUAAAUGCGGUAAAUAGGUUGUCAUUAUGCCUUAAUUGCUUGUUUUCGCAUAAUGGAAAAACGUGUAACUCUACGAAAAGAUGUCGCAACUGUCAAGCUGCGCACAGCACUAUUUUACAUGACGCAUUGAGUAAGUCAACAAGCAACACAGCCACGACGUCAGCAAACAAGGAGCAUGUAGGUAGCAACGCGCAUGUGGCACAAACACAAAAUGAACAUUUAGAAACUCUUCUAGCUACAGCUGAAUUGAAAGUGAUGGGUGCUGACGGAUCUUUUUACAACAUGAGGGUGAUGGUGGACCCAGGGAGUCAGCUUUCUUUAAUAACAGAACAGGCCGCUCAGUUACUGAGAAUCAAGAGAGAAAAACACAGGGGAACGCUUUUCGGAGUAUGUGAGAGAGAAAAUAACUUUAAAGGGAAAAUAAACAUAACAUGCAAGUCUAACUAUAGCGACGACACAUUUAUUGCAGAGGUAAUAAUCGUAAACAACCUUGUCAAGGAUCUGCCUAACAAAACAUUUAGUAAACCAUCAUGGCCCAUAAUUGAAAACAUUGACUUAGCGGACCCGGAGUUCAACAUAAGUCGAAAAGUGGACAUGAUAUUUGGAGCAGAAGUUUACGCUAACAUUAUUUUGGAAGGAAUUAAGAAUUUUGGAGGCAAAGAUGCUACACAGCCUCUGGCACAACAAUCUCGGAUCGGAUGGCUUUUGAGUGGGAAGCCGAAACAAACAGGCAACACUUUCUACUGUAACGUGGUGAUAGACAACUUAGAGGAAUUACAACAGUUUUGGGAGGUAGAAGAUGUAACCGAAGAGGAAGAUUUAUCUGCGGAAGACGUAACAUGUAUUCAAUAUUUUCAGGAAACAACAGUUAGGAAACAAGAUGGAAGAUACCAGGUGCGGCUCCCCAUGAAACCAAAUUUCGAGAACAACCUCGGAUUGUCUAAACAAAAAGCCAUAGCUCAAUUUAGAAAUCUAGAACAAAAGUUUGAGAAACAACCAAAAUUAGCAUCGGAUUAUAAAACAUUUAUGAAUGAAUACGCUGAGCUGCAACACAUGAUGCCAGCUGACGGUAACAAGACUCUGGAAUGUUACUUAGGACAUCAUGGAAUUGAGCGCGUCGAGUCAUCAACUACACGCUAUAGAGUCGUAUUUAAUGCGUCAGCGAAAACUUCUACAGGAUAUUCCCUCAACGACCUAAUGUACAAAGGUCCCAACUUACAACAAGACUUACAAUUUUUAUUACUCAGAUGGAGACAGUAUAGAUAUGCGUUCACCGCCGACAUAGAAAAAAUGUACCGGCAGAUUUUGAUUCAUGAGGACGACGCAUGUUUACAAAGGAUAAUCUGGAGGGAAUCCACUAAACAACCCCUACAAACAUUUGAACUUAAAACAAUUACAUAUGGGAUGAAAGCGGGCCCGUUUCUUGCAAUGAUGACGCUAAAGAAGCUGGCGGAGGACGAACGAGACAACUUUCCAGAAGCCUCCAGAAUCUUAGAACAAUCCUUCUAUAUGGACGACUUAGUCCACGGAGUACACUCUAUAGAACAAGGGAAGAACGUUAUUAAAGACCUUGACCAGUUAUUGAAAACUGGAGGGUUCAACCUACGCAAGUGGUCAGCCAACAAUACAGAGUUAUUAACAGAUAUGACCAGCCAACAAAACAGCGUUAUUUUUAAUUUUAAAUCAGAUGUCGUUCCCAAAACUCUAGGGAUAUGCUGGAAUCCGACAAAGGACACUUUUACCUUCCGAUAUGAGACGACACAACACAACAAAAUAACAAAGAGGAUCCUUUUGUCAGAAAUCUCGAAAGUAUUCGACCCAUUGGGGUGGGUAGCGCCAGUAGUAACAAAAAUGAAAUUACUUUUCCAAAGUGUGUGGAAAUCAAAAAUGGAAUGGAACUCCGAAGUGCCAGAAGACAUUUAUAAAGAAUGGAACAAAGUGCAAACAGACCUCAACAAGCUUAAUGAAUAUGAGAUUCCUAGAUGGCUGAAUAGCCGCGAACAUGACAUAAUCGAGUUACAUGGAUUCUGCGACGCAUCUCUAGCCGCGUACGCAGGUGUCAUAUAUGCACGCGUCAAGAACCAAGAGAAGGUAGUGCUCGUGGCGGCCAAAACAAAGCUAGUACCAUUGAAAUCAAAAAUAACAUUACCGAAACUUGAAUUGAGCAGUGCGCAUUUACUAGCGAAACUUAUGAGUAAAGUCAAACGAGCCUUCGAAAAUCGUGAGAUCAAUACCUACGGGUGGACAGACUCAAAGGUGGCGUUAGGAUGGCUUCAAGGAGAACCAAGUCGCUGGAAACCCUUCGUUGCAAACAGAGUCAAACAGAUCACGGAAAUCAUGCCCUCGAAACAAUGGCAUUACGUAAACACAAAGGAGAAUCCAGCUGACGCAGCAAGUAGAGGAUGGUAUGUAUCUCAACUGCUAAGCGAUCAAUCCUUAUGGAAAACUGGGCCUACGUGGCUAACUACAUUCCGGCCAGAAAACAUUGAACAAGAAACAUUUACAACAGAUCACGAGGAAAAAACAUUUCAUUCUAACGUCAUACAACAUUCAAAUACUGAUCAAAACAUUAUAGAACAGUUAUUACAGAAACAUAGCUCAUUAGAAAAAAUAAUACACAUAUUAGCAUGGAUACAGAGAGCAUUGACACCUAAACGUAAACAACGGCCGAGUUAUCUGACACUGCAAGAAAUACGGAAAGCGAAAGCAACAAUAAUAAAACAUGUACAGCAACGUGAGUUUGGAGAGGAAUUAGAUCACUUGCGCAAGCACAAAUGCGUACAAAAACAAAGUAAGUUAAAACAGUUAAACCCGUUUUUAGAUGAAGAACAAAUUUUAAGGGUUAAAGGACGUCUAGAUCAAGCCUUGAUGAGCGAAGAGAUGAAACACCCAAAAAUUAUCCCUAGAGAGUCUCGCCUGGCAACUCUACUUAUAGACCAGGCACAUAAGCUAACCUUGCACGGCGGAGCUACGCUGACGUUGAGCUCCCUGCGCCAGGAAUACUGGAUAACAGGAGGAUAUAACACGGUGAAAAGAGAGCUACUCAAAUGCGUAACGUGCCGGAAACAAGAGGGAAAGAAACAAGUCCAACUCAUGGGAGAUUUACCCGCAGCCAGGUGCAACCCCGCCAAACCCUUUUAUCAUACGGGGGUGGAUUAUACGGGAGCAGUAGACAUAAAGGCCAGCAAAGGGCGAGGAGCAAGAACAUUAAAAGGCUACAUAGCCAUUUUUAUAUGUAUGGUGACGAAGGCUGUACAUCUAGAAUUGGUAACCGACUUAACAAGUUCAGCGUUUUUGGCGGCCCUCCGGAGAAUGGCAGCUAGAAGAGGAGCUCCGGCUCACAUGUACAGCGACAAUGGAAAAAACUUUGUUGGUGGAAACAGGAAACUGCAAGAGGGAUAUCAACAUUUACAGCACAUAACUGAUAGCAACUUUUUAGCCGAAAUUACCGGAAUGAACAUUGAAUGGCACUUUAACGCACCUUCAUGGCCAAGCGCGGGUGGCAUCUGGGAGAGAGCUGUACGAAGCCUCAAGCAUCAUUUAAAACGUGUAGUAGGAGAACAAAAAUUAACAUUCGAAGAGUACUCAACAAUUUUGACAUUAAUAGAAGGUUGCCUUAACUCUCGGCCAUUGUGCGCCCUUAACGACGACAUCGACAACCUCGACUUCUUAACGCCAAACCACUUCCUGUCGCCGGGAAGGCCCGGGGUAACAGUAAUAGACACAGCAGAAGACGCACGCACCAGAUGGCAUCUGAGCCAAAAAAUAUUUCAAGACAUUUUUAAAAGGUGGAAAACAGAAUAUUUAACACAACUGACAGCGAGAACAAAAUGGCAAGAACCCCAACAAAACAUUGAGAUCGGAAACAUGGUUGUAAUCCACGAAGACAACCUUCCACCCGGAAAAUGGGCUAUGGGACGAGUGAUCGACGUACAUCCCGGCAAGGACGGUCAUGUUAGAGUGGUGACCCUAAAAACAAAAAGCGGCGAGUUAAAAAGGCCAAUAACAAAAUUAUCCCUUCUCCCUAUCGACAAACAAACGCCAGAGAGCACUGAAACUUCAGAACCAAAAAACAAGAAGAAACAACGCACCUCAACAAACAAACAACGACCUUAUGUCCUAUCACUACUUAUGAUGUUUCUUUAUAUCCUGACCAUAGCUACACACGGAACGUGCAUGCAAACAACUCAGUUAACAAAAAAUCAAGCGCUUUACUUUGACAAAGUUGCCGACAUGCAGAUAAUCAGAGAUGAGUGGAAGAUAAUAGCCUACUACAACCUAGACCCUUACUGGGAAGGCGCAGUAGCGUUCACGAAAUAUUACCAACAUUUAGAUAACAUUUGCAAACAAAUAAAACCUAUGUCGCAUUGUGAAAUCAUCAUGUUACAGUUACGUCACGGUUUCGAGGAGCUUGAAUAUAACAACAAAGUUUUGCUGAAACAACCAAUACACACUCGAGCCCGAAGGAGACGCGGCUUCGUAAACGGAGUCGGGAAUAUCGCAAACACUCUGUUCGGCGUAUUAGACAGUCGAUUCGCGGAACAGUAUGAACGAGACAUUGCGUUAGUACGAGAGAAUCAAAGACAUCUGGCCCAGUUAUGGAAAAAUCAAACCUCUGUCGUGGAAGCAGAGUACAAUUUACUUCAAAGAACAGAAAACACCAUACAAAAACAACAUAAGAUUAUAAACCAGCACUUAACACGUCUAGAAAUGAAUUCAUUUGCAAUAACAAAACAAAUCAAUGAACUUGAUGUUACAGCAGAAUUCACCUUAAUAGCAAUGGCCGCGACUAACAUACUGACCCAUUUAAAAGGUAUUCAAAUGUCACUACUGGAUACAAUUACAGAUAUCCACAAUGGACACAUCAACGUUAACUUGAUAAGCCCGCAACAACUCCAAAACGAAUUAAGUAUCAUAUCGGGACAAUUGGAUAAAGAACUUACACUACCUAUCGAUAACAUUCAGCUUGACUUAACAAAUAUUUACCAUUUAUUACGGAUCAAAUGUGUCAUGACAAAACGAUACAUUCUUUUGGAAAUACGUGUACCAUUAAUAAGCAGAGAUAACUACGAUUUAUAUAACCUUCAAGCCAUACCUCGACAAGUAGGCAAAAACAUGCUAGUAGUGAUACCUAUCGAAAGCCAUAUUGCAAUGAACCUUCAAAAGGACUCCUACUUACCUAUCACAACAAACGAGUUAGAACGUUGUAUAUCACGUGACUCAACAACAUAUUUAUGUCAAUUGACCAGCCCUGUCUAUAAAAUGAAGAGCGACCUUGACUUUUGUGUAAGAGAAGUCAACACCGUAGAUCGGUGCAAAACCAAUAUUAUUACAUGCCAAAACAAAUGGAUAAGCUUGUCCAGUGUAAACCAAUACCUAUCCUUUUGCUGCGACAAGUGUAACCUACGAAAUUUGUGCAAAGAUCAAGUUACAGCGCAUCAGCUGACUGGCGCAAACAUUAUCAACAUUCCCGAAGGCUGCAUCAUAAAAAUGGAGAAUUUGACUGUUUACACCCACAAAAAGAAGGAGAGCACACUCCACAUAACCCCUGACGUCGAAGUUCCGAAUAUUGCCCCAAUUAAUCAUGUAAUUAACAUAACAGUUCAGAAUAUGGAAACAGAAAUGACAACAGAUGGCAAAGCUGAUGGUACUGCGUUAUUAAGGGAAAGCAUAGAGCAGAACAUUAAGAUUAUGAAAGAAGAACAACCCUUAACGAAGGAGAUAUCGAUUCACGAUAUACACCACUAUACCCUCAUCUACGGUAUCUUGAUAAUUGGAGCGAUAAUAAUCCUUUUUCUCGGCUGGAGAAGGAUGCAGUCGCAACGAGAGACGGUAGCAGCAACUGCAAGACAAGCGGCCGAGGUGGUCGACAACCGGGAGGCUGGGCCGCAGCCACAGCCCUCCAGGCGCAACAACGAUUGUGUGGAAACAAGUGGACCUAGUGAAAGUGCGCGAGUGCAAAUAAAUGACCGUGAUAGUGUUCUCUAUACAGAGCGGGGCACGACCCCAGUGUUAAGAAAAAUAGCGUUUAGUGACGAUUCUAUGUGAACGUAACAAUUACUUUAUAGGACUUUAAGUUUUAUACAAUUUUAUUUGUAAAUUUUACACAACAUUUGUACAAGUUUCUUUGAUUUACUUUCAUUUUACGAUUUUUAUAAUUUAAAUGUCUAUUGUAAUUUCUAUCUUUUGCCCUCGGCAAGAU